UCUCUCUCUCUCUCUCUUCUUGCAGGAAUGGGGACGAGCGUCCAGCUGACCCCGCUUGCCGGCGCUCACUCCGAGGGGCCGCUCUGCUACCUCCUCCAGGUCGACGAUUUCAGAUUCUUGCUGGAUUGCGGCUGGAACGAUGUCUUCGAUGUCUCUCUCCUCCAGCCCCUCGUCAGUGUCGCUCCCACGAUCGAUGCUGUGCUUCUCUCCCAUUCUGACACGCUGCAUCUCGGAGCGCUACCCUACGCGAUCGCGAAGCUGGGACUCAAUGCGACUGUCUAUUGCACGCAUCCCAUCCGGUCCAUGGGCCAUAUGCAAAUGUAUGAUCAUUGCCUCUCGCGAACUGCUGUGUCGCAUUUUGAUCUCUUCAGCCUGGAUGAUGUAGACACUGCCUUCUCGAACACCUGUCCUCUCAAGUACUCUCAACAUUUUCCUCUUCAAGGCAAGGGACAGGGCAUUAUCAUCACACCGUUUCCAGCAGCCAGACUUUUAGGUGGAACUAUCUGGAAAAUCACCAAGGACACGGAAGACAUCAUAUAUGCUGUCGAUUUCAACCAUCGCAAAGAAAGGCAUUUAAAUGCAACGGUUUUAGAGUCCUUCACUAGGCCUGCAGUGCUUAUUACGGAUGCUUACAAUGCUCUCAAUUCUCAGCCUGUGCGCCGGCAACGAGAUCAAGAAUUUCUGGAUAUUAUCUUGAGGACUCUACGCUCCUCUGGAAAUGUUCUUUUGCCUGUCGAACCGUCUGGUCGGGUAUUAGAGAUUAUUUUGUACCUGGACCAGCAUUGGAGCCAGCACCGAAUAAACGUACCCCUCGUUUUUCUUACGUAUGUGGUCGGCAGCGUAACUGACUUUGUUAAGAGCUCGCUUGAAUGGAUGAAUGAUGCUAUAGGAAAAGCAUUCGAACAGAAUCGUGAGAAUCCAUUCGCACUAAGAUCCGUGAAAUUGUGCACCUCACGAAAACAGCUUGAGGAGCUUCCUCCAGGACCCAGGGUUGUUCUUGCAUCCAUGGCGAGCUUGGAAACAGGAUUUGCGAAAGAAUUGUUUUUGGAGUGGGCUGUAGAUCCUAAAAAUCUUGUACUUUUUACGGAACGGGCUCAGGUUGGAACACUAGCGCGUCAGCUGCAGGUGGAGCCUCCGCCAAAGAUUGUGAAAAUCACCAUCAGCAAGAAAGUCCUUCUUGUCGGUGAGGAGCUGGAGGCUUACGAGCGUGAGCAAUCGCGGCUCAGAGAGGAAGCAAGGAACGCAGCUUCUCAACAGGAACCAGUCCAGCCAGCUUCUUCAAGCGACGACCUGAUGCCAUCAUCUCCGGACGAGUCAAGUACACCAUCAGAAGGGAAGCAGCAAGCGGUCACUGUUCAUCAUGAUAUUUUCAUAGAUGGUUUCACGGUUCCGGCUGACACCGUAGCACCCAUGUUCCCGGUUUAUGACGAUAGCAACGAACGUGACGAGUAUGGGGAAAUUAUUAACCCUGAUGACUUUGUGAUUAAAGAAGAGUUUAUGGACUACUCCCAAACUCAGGCUAAUGCAAAUAAUAUAAAGCUAGAGACAGAAGGAGACACCUCUGCAGAAAAGCCGUCCAAAGUCGUCACGACUGAUACAGCGGUGGUCCCACUGUGUGCGCUGACAUUCAUGGAUUUUGAGGGCCGAGCCGAUGGACGAUCGAUCAAGUCGAUAUUGGCCCAUGUAGCUCCCUUGAAGCUGGUUUUGAUCCAUGGAUCCGCGGAAUCUACCGAACACUUGAAGCAGCACUGCCUCAAAAAUGUCUGUCCGUUCGUCUACACUCCACGGGUUGGUGAAAAUAUGAACGUCACGUCCGAUCUCAAUGCGUAUAAGCUGAGGCUGACGGAGCGUAUAAUGAGCAGCGUCCUCUUCAGAAAGCUUGGAGAUUACGAGCUAGCGUGGGUUGAUGGAGAAAUCGGACAGAACGAGGAGGAUUUACUCCCACUUUUGCCUCUGGACGGAACGCCACCUCCACACAAGACCGUCUUUGUUGGGGAUUUGCGCCUUGCUGAUUUCAAGCAGCUAUUAGCCACCAAAGGCAUCCAGGUGACCUCGUCUUGUUCUGCUGUCCUGGUUAGAUGUUUGACCUCUGCUUCACAUGCGCAGGCAGAAUUUGCCGGUGGUGUUCUCCGUUGCGCUGACAACAUAGCCGUUCGCAAGAGUGGAGGACAGCAACUCGUAAUCGAGGGAUCUUUGUCUGACGACUACUACAAAGUCCGGGAGCUGCUCUACUCACAAUACCACAUAGUGUGAAUGUAAACUUCUUGGCCAGAGUUUCGUGGAGGGCUUGGCGGGACAAGAGGUUUUCCAUCUGCAAACAAGGAGUGACAAGAAACCAAUCAGCACAGGAACUUAAGAUACCAUAUCCGGGGGCGUUGACUCACUCACCUUGGUGUUGUGGUGAACGGUCAAGCUGAGGACCGAGCUCGCUUCGGGCUUCCAGUCGAUGGAAUCCAGCUCCAGACCGAGCUCCUGGAGGCAACUCAGCAUCCUGACCAGGUCGUGAUCCGGUCUCUUGACGUCGAAGCUGAGGUGAAUUGCCGAUCGCGCGGCGCGGGAGUCGUCAUUAUUGUCGAGCUCCUCCGUGAGCAUGCUGGUGGGAUUCGUUGCGGCUGGGGACAAGGACUCCACCUCUUGGUCGCCGGUGCCGCCGUUCAAGUUGGAGGUGAAGCUCGGGCUGCUCUGCUCUUGGAGCUCCGCGAUCUGGCACCGGAGUUGCUUGAUGUAGUCGAUGGUGGCCUGGAGGACCGCGAGCUUGUUGGCCUGUCCAGUGCCACGUUCAGGGAUUGGAAAUGAAAGUUGAAGCAAGUUUUCUUGUUUAAAAUU